AUGGCUAAUGCUAGCUCCUCCUCAUCCACAACUACUACUACAACCACUACAAGAAGUGGGAGAAAAAUUCGUAACGCAAUACCUUUAUCGGAGCCUUCUAAUCCUUCUGAUGGAAUUUUAUUUAUUGGUGAUGAUGAUAACACUUUGAGAGCGUUCUUUGAUGAAGAAAAUGGGGAACAAAUUCAAUUGGAACAAGAUCAUAAUUUUGUUGAACAUCGAUUGAUUGACUCUGGUAUUGAAAUUGAUGCAGAGCAAGAAGAUCGAUUUUAUUCCACUCCUUUCGAGCAAUACAGUACUCAGAAAAUUCUACAUAAAAAAGUGAAAACAACAGACAAAACAAAACUAGAUCUUGAAGACGUUGAUAGCAGCAUUCCUUCAAGAGAAGAUUCGUUUUUUGAGAAUGAAGUAUUUUCUGCGAAAAAUAAGGAGUUGACACAGCAUCGAAUGUUUGAAUGGAUUCACUGUGUCAAAUGUGAUAAUAAUUUAUUGUUUUAUGGAGUUGGUUCAAAAGUGUAUCCUAUGAAUCAAUUAAUGUUCCACUUGAAGACAAAUGAUACAAAUGGAUAUUUUGUGGUAGUGUCUGGUUUUAAUCCUAAUGUAACUACCGAUUCAAUUUUAUACCAAAUUUUAAAACAUUUUUUCAAAGAGAAGGAAACCAAGAUCAAAAAACUGUCAUCCAUAGAAAAGAUCGAUUAUAUUGUAAGACAUCUCUCUGGAAGAAAUGAGCAAGUACAACCAUCCAAUGACGAAGAUUUUGGAGAUUUUUCAUCAUUUGUGAAUCCUUCAACACAACCAACCUCAAUGCCAAAGCAACAUUUAUAUAUUUGCAUUCACAAUAUCGAUGGGCCAAGUUUGAGAGACAAAUCGAGUCAGCAAUUGCUAGCUGUCUUGGCUUCUUCUAGAUAUAUUCACUUGAUUUGUAGCGUCGACCAUCAGCUCUCUAAUUUGUUGUGGGAUGACUCUCUGGAAAAUAAGUUUGGGUUUAUGAGGUUUAACAUUACCAAUUUUUGUACAUACUUUUUGGAAAGCGAACAUAUUUCUCUAAGUGCAUUGCUGUCAGAAGCAAAUGCAGCCACUAGCGACAACGAGGCUGAGGUAGCUGUUGGUGCCGUUGACAUCGUUUUCAACACCAUUCGAUCAAGUACCAAAAAGUACAAACAGAUUUUCAUAGUUAUUUGCAAAAAGUUUAUUGAACUUGAAUCGGCAAAAGAAAAGUCAGAAGAUAAAUCAGCCCAACUUCCUCCAGGAUGCACUUAUCAAGACAUUAAGAAAGAACUUGGAAUUUAUGCAAUCGACGAUAAUUCAUUGCGAGAUGGACUGUCAUUCUUAGAAGAUCAAAUUAAGAUUAUUAAGAAGGUGAAACAGUACUCGUAUGCUCCAACACUUAAAAAACACCAGUGUGAACAAUUGUUGGCCAAGCUUCAAGUUUAG